CCUUUACAAGACUGUACAAAUCAUAAUCCAACUAAGCUAUAGUAUAUGUCAUCUCUCUCCUCUAUACCUAUGUACUAUAUAGUUAGGCUUCUCCUUUUUCUAAGGCGACAGUUAUUUCAACUACUUUCAACCUCACUCUCUUCCGAUUCUUUUGAUACCAUAAUUUUUGGUUCUUUUUCUGUAAUCGGGUAUAGGCUAUGGGGGAAGAAGAAGCCAAGAAAGUGGAGAGUGGUGAUGAGAAAGCCAUAGUAUUAUCAACUGUACCUCCUUCUGAACAAGUGGAUGACAAGCCUGAUGAUUCCAAAGCUCUUGCCAUCGUCGAACCCGAAACUAAAGCUAUAGUACCUGUUGUUGAGAAAAGGGGAUCUGUUGACAGAGAUGCAACUCUUUCACGAUUAACGACGGAGAAGAGAUUGUCGCUAAUCAAAGCAUGGGAAGAAAGUGAGAAAUCAAAAGCUGAAAACAAAGCUCAGAAAAAGGUGUCUGAAAUUCUUGCAUGGGAGAACAGCAAGAAAGCAAGCUUGGAGGCUGAGCUAAAAAAGACUGAGGAAAAGUUGUUGAAGAAGAAGGCAGAGUACAUUGAGAAAAUGAAAAACAAGAUUGCUCUACUCCACAAGUCAGCAGAAGAAAAAAGAGCGAUGACUGAAGCUAAACGUGGAGAAGAACUUCUUACCGCAGAGGAGAUUGCAGCAAAAUGCCAUGCCACUAAUACUACUCCAAAGAAACCACUCUUCGGAUGUUUUUGAAGUGGAAAAUACCAGAUCUGCAUCACUGGUUAUAUUAAAGUUGUACAGUGAAGUUUGUGGAUUGGGAAUUUAUUUGCAUUAGAAACAUCGUGUGAUUAUGCCUUGUUGAAUCAAUUGUUUUCGUUAUUACGAGUGCAUAACAAUGUAAUUUGAGUGUAUAUAUCACCUGGAGAAAAUUAACCUGGAAUUGUAUUGAAAAAGCUUGAAACAGACCUUCCAUGUUA